AUGAUGACUAUCUCUGGAAGACCCCAUUUGUUCUGUAAAGUUAAGUCAGGAAGUUCAGCUCUUUUCUGGCAUGAUAAUUGGACAGAUCUAGGUCCUCUUAUUGAGUUAACGGGAGCUAACGGACCCAGGGUUACUGGUAUUCAAAGGAUGGCCACCGUCAACCAAGCUUGUCGAGGGUCGUCGUGGUUAUUAUCAAGGGGAAGGCACCCGAUUUUGAAAUUGCUUCGAGAUUGCCUUCCCUUAGACCUCCCUUCCUCUCUUUCUAAUGAACUUGAUGUUUAUCUCUGGAAGAAUUCUGAGUCGGAUCCUCCCGGAGAUUUCUCAUCGUCAAAAACUUGGACCUAUCUUCAUCCGGCUGGACCGUCUCUACCUUGGACUAAACCACUUUGGUUUCAAGAGAGGGUUCCAAAGCAUACCUUCAUUAUGUGGAUUGUUAUGAGAGAUCGUCUUAUUACUCGUGACAAGUUGAGGUCUUGGGGUCUCAAUGUACCACAAAGUUGUCUCUUGUGUGAUUCCCAGCCAGAAACGAAAAAUCAUCUUCUCUUUGAUUGCAAUUACGCCAAGGAAGUCUGGACGGAUUUCUUUGGUCACCACACCUUUACUCUCCCAAGUUCAAUCGAGGAAGUUGUUGAAUGGUCUGAUUCCCCUUCUCGCCAAAAGAAGGUGAACAUAAUUUGUAAAUUAUUGGUGCAAGCAAUAGUUUAUUCUAUAUGGAGGGAACGGAAUGCGAGGCUCCACACAUCCAUGUCUAAACCGGUUCAUAUAUUGGUAAAAGAAAUCCAACUUCUUCUAAGGACAAAACUCUUUGGAUUGGAUCGAUCCAUUGCCCCUUCAUCUUCCUCAGUCUCAUCUGCGUUUGGUCAAGAGGACUCCUUCCUCUCUACUUGGUUUGGGCUCUUUCAGCCAUAA